CAAGAAAGCAUGAGGGGAGCCAUAAUCGUGCUGCUGCUGGCGACCGUUGCGGCGGCGGCGCUGCAGAAACGUGAGGCGAAACCGUCUGGAGGAUACGGACACGGGCACGGACACGGCUUUGGCUACCGCUAUGGCUUUGACACUGGAUAUGGCUAUGGGCAUGGGCACGGAUUAGGACACGGUCACGGCCAUGGGCAUUCAGUAGCGUUUGUACAUGGUGGUCAUGGUCAUGGACAUGGAUUCGGUUUAGGAUUUGGACAUGGUCAUGGUUUCGGACAUGGUCAUGGAUUUGGACAUGGUCAUGGAUUUGGACAUGGUCAUGGUUUCGGACACGGACAUGGGCACAGUGUUGUACAUCAACACGGUUUUAGCCAUGGACAUGGAUUCGGAUUUGGCCAUGGUUUCGGACACGGACACGGCAUCUACAAGCGCGAAGCCAAAGCCGAACCCGAAGCCAAGGCCGACCCGAAGGCAGAACCCGGCUUUGGCCAUGGCUUCGGAGGCCACGGCUUCGGCGGUCAUGGCUUUGGCGGCCAUGGGUUCGGUGGCCAUGGAUUCGGACAUGGUGGCCAUGGAUUCGGACAUGGCGGCCAUGGAUUUGGACAUGGCGGCCAUGGAUUCGGACAUGGUGGGUUUGGAUUGGGCCAUGGCUUCGGCCAUGGAUUUGGUCACGGUAUCGGCCACGGUCAUGGUCACGGUCACGUUGUCACUCAUGAAGUUGUCCAUGUAGGGCAUGGCCACGGUCAUGGCCAUGGAUUUGGCCAUGGAAUCGGUCAUGGAUUCGGACACGGAAUCGGCCAUGGUUUCGGACACGGAAUCGGUCAUGGAUUCGGACACGGUAUCGGUCAUGGAUUCGGACACGGUAUCGGUCAUGGAUUCGGGCACGGUUACGGCUACGGAGGAUAUGGCUAUCAUUAACUGCAGCCAAGGUAUAUUUCUAAGGGAACUAAAGCGAGUAUCUAAUAAUAUAUAUGCAGUUCAAAUACUAUUUAUAGACUCACAAUCAAAAGAGAAAAAGAGGUAACUGAUGACGAACAAGUGCCUGAAGAAAUUAUUUUCUUAAACGAAGUACACCCUCAAGGUCACUCAUGAAUUUCCCCUCGGGCUGCUGUGCGUUAUUUCAGUUCGUUUUAUUUGCCUUGUUUGCCCGUUUUUCUGUCGUCAUUGAGUCCUUUAAUGAUCUAUCUAUAUUUGUCAAUUUAUCAUCUGUCUCAUUUGUCUGCCUGUAUUUAUCUAUCUACUAUAUCUACUCUCUGUCCGUCUAUUGCUCUAUCUUUCUAUUCUCUCUCUCCCUCUCUGUAAUUUUAUUGUACAAGAUGCCUGCCUGUAUAGCUGUACACAAAACAUAUUAUAUAAUACAGAUAUACUAAGGCAUACAUUUACAAUGACAUUAUUCCCUUUCGUAUUCACACCCACAUGCUAUCGUUCAUUUUAAUUUCCUUAAUUUUGUAUG